CAAUUAAAUGAAUUUAAAUAGGAUUAAUUUUAAUUUUUUAAUCGUUUUUGUCUUCUUUGUUAACAUUGAUAAAUUUCUAGGCCUGAAGCACUAUGGGAAGAGUUGCAGAUUACGCUGACCUUCUUUCUCCUCAUGCUUGGCAUCAUACUCAUCCUCACCAGCUGCUAAGCUCUUUGCAGGUUGGCGAACCUAGUUUGGGUUCUUCACGGAACGCUUUUGUUGGGUUCUGUGAACCCAGUUGCUGGGUUAGUGGAACCCAGAUCUGGAUUCCGCGAUGCUUGGUUUGCGGAACCCAGAUUUGGGUUCCGCGAAGAACCCGGUUUCUGGGUUCGCGAAGAACCCGGUUUCUGGGUUCGCGAAACCCAGAUCUGGGUUCCGCGAAGAACCCAGUUGUUGGGUUCUGCGAACCCAGUUUCUGGGUUCCUUGCUUGUUGGGUUCAAGGAACAUUGCUGGGUUCGCAGAACCCGGUUUUUGGGUUCCUUGCUUGCUGGGUUCAAGGAACCCAAUUUCUGCUACAUUGAGGCAUUGAAUCACUUUUUUCAUUUGAUCAAUUGUUGGGUUAAUUAAUUGUUUUUAACAGGUACUUCCAAGAAGGAAGUUGAAUAGGUUUUGUUGGUUCAUGCGAUGAGUUUUAGUCCUUUUGGUUGAACAAAUGCAUUACUUGUGG